AUGCCAAACAACGUUAGUGAAUUGGGCUAUAUACUAUUUGGUACACGCGAAUAUGUUUUGGAUCUUGUAUAUCAUGUUCGCAGUUUUCGAUAUCAUCCAGUUCAUGAAUCAGAAUUACAUUGGAUGCAAUUGACUGUAGAAGAGGCACUUAUGUUGUUGUAUCAUGGAUACUUUGAAAAAAACCGUACAGAAGCCGACCUUAUCAGACGCGCAUGGACUUUUAUGGAUAGUUGCUUCGACUCAUCCGAAAAUAUUGUAUCCAACAGGUAA